ACGAAGAAGUUUUCAUUAAACAGAAAGGACAUCUUGUCUAAUGCAGAGGAUCACAACGGCAGACAAGAGUAUAGGAUGACUGAGGGGACGAUGACUGUUGUCAUCACAAUAUCGUCAGUAUGCAGCUGCAGUCGACUAGCAGCGAUAUUCUAAAGGUUUGCCCGAGAUUCCGGCUACUGGUAAUAGGGAAUACCGGAGUCGGAAAGUCAUCACUGAUCCAGGAGGCAUUCAAAAUACUUGUACAUGUUUCUGAACACGAACGUGGUGACGCGGAUAUCGAAAGCGAAUUCAUUGCGGCAGAAAAUGAACUAUUUGUCCUCCAUGAUAGUCAGGGGUUUGAAGCUGGCGAUAGCAAGACUUUCAAGACUGCAAGAGACUUCAUUGACCGCCGACGCAAGGAGCCCAAAUUACAGGACAAAAUCCACGCGGUCUGGCUCUGCCUUUCGAUACCUCAUGCCGAUGGACGCUUGCUUGAGAGCGGAGCAGAGGAAUUUCUCAAAUUGAGGAAGGAGAUACUAGGCGAUAUUCCGAUCAUUGCUGUCUUCACCAAGCAUGACGUUUUUGUCAACAAAUUGGAGCUCGAAGCUGUUGAUUCCGACCAAUAUGAUGAAGUCGCGCUCGAAGAGCUUAAAGUUAACACAUUGGAUAAAUUGUGUAUUCAGCCGCUUAAGGAAGUAGCUGGGAGCGACAUCCUGCACGCAACUGUUUCAACGAACGAAGAGUACGAGAGCACGAUAAGACAACUGGUCGAUCUUACAACCACGAACGUUGAAAAAUAUGUCGCCAAGAAGCAGCAUUAGCAAUGAUGGUGGCCCAGCGAGUAGAUAUCAGUCUUAAUGUUAAGGCAUCAAUUGCGUAUGCACGAUGACUG